CUGUACAAAAAAGCAUUUAAGACUCGUUCAAUGACAUAAAGCAUAACAUACGUGAAACGUGUCCUAAUCUUGAUCUAUCUUCAGUUGUGGAAGGUCAGACUCGAGUAGCUCGCGAAAAUGUAACACCGACAGAACUGGAGUUUGAAAUGUGUGACACUGGUUUAAUAUUUUCUAGUGUGACAGAAGGAGGACAGGAAAGCAGGGAAGCUCAGCUCCGCCCUCACCUUGUCACGGAAUCCUCGAGGGAGAAUUACAGCACGUCAGAUCCUGAAAAAACACCAUCCUAAUCCAUUUACUAACAACAGCGACUCGAUCUUCUGAGAUUGCUGCCGACUGCCUGAUUGAGCACUGUAUGUGUGUUUGUGAUUCUCAUCAGCUCAGGAAUUAUGGGAUGCUGCGGUAGCACACAGAAGAGCCGCGAGUGGAAACCCUUAGAGCAGAGGAAGUGCACAGAUAUCCCAUGGCUGCUCCUGUUCAUCCUCUUCAAUGUGGGCAUGCUCUGCAUCUGUGGCUUCGCCAUAGCGUCAGGGGCCGCCUCCAGACUCAUAUCAGGGUACGACAGCUACGGGAACACCUGCGGUCAGAGGAAUGCCAAAAUCCCAGGAAUAGAUCUCAGCGGCCGCGACCACACGUCCAGAAAGUAUGUGUUUUUCCUGGACCCCUGUAACAUCGACAUACUGAGAAGAAAGAUGAAGUCUGUGGCUCUGUGCGUCUCAAAGUGUCCGGACGCCGAGCUGAAGACUUAUGAGGAUCUCACACAGUUCUCGACAGCUAACGGAUCUGAUCUGUGCUCCUAUGACGUUCUGCCAAGCAUGUAUUCAUCUCACCCUAAUCAAACAACAAAAUGUCCUACACUUCCUGUCCAUCCAAGUGCGUCUUUGCCAGUGUUUCACCGCUGUAUUCCCGUUGACAUUUCCUGCUACGCCAAGUUUGCCGAGGCCUUCAUCACUUUCGUCAGUGACAACAGCGUGGUGCACCGAGUCAUCGCUGGAGUGAUGACAUCCAAAGAGAUCAUCAUGAGCCUUUGUCUGCUCGCUCUCGUUCUGUCUCUGAUCCUGAUGGUUGUGAUCCGCUACAUCUCCGUGGUUCUGGUCUGGAUCCUCACAGCUGUCGUGGUGGUCGGGUCCAUCGGUGGGACGGGGAUCUUGUGGUGGCUGUAUGUGGAUCACAGUAAAUCUGUGAACGCCAGUCUGCCGGCUCUGGAACUGGAGGUGGCCAAAGACAACCAGAAAGCCCUGCUCAUCUACGCCAUCGCUGCCACUGUUUUCACCGUGAUCCUGCUGCUGCUGAUGUUCUUCAUGAGGAAGCGUGUGGCGCUCACCAUCGCUCUGUUUCAUGUGGCUGGUAAAGUCUUCACCCAUCUGCCUCUGCUGGUCCUGCAGCCCUUCUGGACCUUCCUCACGCUCAUGCUCUUCUGGGUUUACUGGAUCACCGUGCUCCUCUUCCUCGGGUCCGCAGGAAGUCCAGUGCAGAAUAACCAGACGGGUCUGCUGGAGUUCAGGAUGGACGGGCCUCUGCAGUACAUGGUGUGGUACCACGCCGUCGGCCUCAUCUGGAUCAGUGAGUUCAUCCUCGCCUGUCAGCAGAUGACUGUAGCCGGGGCUGUCGUCACAUACUACUUCACCAGAGAUAAGUCUCAGAUGCCCUUCACGCCCAUCGUGUCGUCUGUGCUGCGUCUGAUACGCUAUCAUCUGGGGACCGUGGUGAAAGGAGCCUUCAUCAUCACUCUAGUGGAGAUCCCCCGCCUCAUCCUCACCUACAUCCACAGUCAGCUCAAAGGAAAGGAAAACUCCUGUGCACGCUGCAUGCUGAAGGCGUGUAUCUGCUGUCUGUGGUGUCUAGAAAAGUGCCUUGCUUACCUGAACAUGAACGCAUAUACGGCAACGGCCAUUAACAGCACCAACUUCUGCACGUCUGCACGAGAUGCUUUCUUCAUCCUCGCAGAAAACGCUCUCCGUGUGGCAGCUAUCAACAGUGUCGGGGACUUUGUGCUGUUUUUAGGAAAGGUGUUGAUCGUGUCGUGUACGGCGUUUGCGGGCGUCCUUGCGUUAAACUAUCAGCGUGAAUACACCGUCUGGGUGCUGCCGCUCAUCAUCGUGUGCGUCUUCUCCUUCCUGGUGGCCCACUGCUUCCUCUCCAUCUUUGAGAUCGUAGUAGACGUCCUCUUCCUCUGCUUCGCCAUCGACACCAAGUACAACGACGGCAGCCCGGGCAGAGAGUACUACAUGGACAAGGCCCUCAUGGAGUUUGUAGAAAAUACCAGGAAAGCGACAGAGCGGUACAGCAAAACCGAAGGAGAGAGACAGGAAAUGAAAUCUAUGACUGGAGGUACACUGGCUUGAUGGAGAGCAGCGUAGUAUUACAUCAACUGAAACUCCAAAAGAAGUGCUACUGAGAUGCACAAAAGCUUCUCUUCAGGGAUUAUAAUGUGACAGACAUCUGUCAUCAAGACUCCAGGGAAAAGCUCAAGGACGGUGAGCCGAGUUCAUGCACAAAUAUAACAACACAAUAUGCUAGCAAUAUGCUUAGAUGUCCACAAGCUCAUGUAUCUGCUCCUAUAUAUAUUUUUUUUCAAAAGCCUUGUAGGGUUUUCUGAGACUUGCAUGAAAAAAGACUUUAGAGGUUGAACAUUUCAGGUUAUUUAAAAUAAGACUGUAGGAGCCUUAAUAUCAGUUUUUUUUAAACUGCAUUUUUAUUAGUUUUUUUAGCAUAGUCAAUUUUAUACAGAAGCUAUCGACUAGCUGCCUUAGUAUUUUAGAUAUUUUGGUUAAAAAGCAAUGUUAUCAAAUCCUGUUUCAGUUAUCUAACUUUAUUUUUUGUAUUUUAUCUUAUGUCUUUUGAUUUUGAAAGAUGUUCUUCUGUACCAGAUGUGAAAUACACUCCUGUCUGCAGGGACUUAAACUCUCAUUGGUUUUCUAUGUGGGCAAUGUUAUUAGAUGGAUGGACAGCAUAAUGAUUGUCAUUUCCCUCGUGCCAAUAAGCUGAAGUGUGUAAUGUAUACAUCACAAACCACGCUUGAUGGAAUUGUAAUAUGUUCGUUUCGAGAAAAACAAGACUGUAAUGGCCUGUGUAUCCCAGCAAUCAACAAAUUGUCUGAAAAGUGUUAUUUGUGCAAUUUCCUUUAGUGCUGAAAUUACACUUCAGCUUCAAUCAAGUACAUUUGUGUGAAAGUUGUGUGUUUGUGUGAAAGGAAAACAGUCUUUAAUCACUCCAUUCAAUAAAACCAAAGAGACGUGCAAAAUA